CGGGGGGCGCGGUGCGAGCAGGAAGCGGCGGCGGGACCGGACGGGACGGGACGGGACGGAGCUGCCGCCCCCCGCCCGCUGCCACAGCCUCUGCCACGUUCCCCACCAUGGGUGACAUGAAAACCCCGGAUUUCGACGACCUGCUGGCAGCUUUUGAUAUUCCUGACAUCGACACCAACGAGGCCAUCCACUCCGGCCACGAGGAGGGGGACCCUCACAUCAAACAAGUCCCCGGGGAGCCGGGACCCCCCGACCACGUCCUCCCCCACGCGGACAUCACCGCCGUCAGCGUCAUCGUGAAGAACACGGUCUGCCCCGAGCAGCUCGAUGCCCUGGACGGGCGAGGGAAGGACGGGCACCUCAUGGGGCCACGUUUACUGCAGAAUGGCUUUGGGGCCACCGAAAUGCCCAGGUCCCCCACCUCCAGAUCGGUGGAAGCUGUGGCGUCCUCCAACGGGGAGUGUUGGGUGAAGGAAAAAGGCCCCAAACCUCUGGAUAUCUUCUCCCAUUUUGGCCCCGACCCCAACGAAGACAACGCCGCCAACCUGAUCGACAGGCCCCGGGAGUGUAAGCCCAAGGAGAAGCCCCUCGCUGUCCCCUCCCUCUCCCCAUCUCCCACCCCCUCUCUGGACUGCAAGGAGCCCUUGGGAGAGCGUGUGGAGAACCUCCCCCCAGCCUUCCCCCAGCCCUUCGAGGCGGGACAGUCUGGGGGUGCCAACGGGUCCCCUCCUGCCAUCGCCUGCAUCAAAAAAGAGGAGUCUGACUCGGAGGAGCUGGGCCGGGAAGCCAGCCCCAAGGGUUUGGCUGCAGCCUUGGGUGACAGUCCCUUGGAGCACCUGAAAUCCGUCACCGUGCGCUACUCCGCGGACGAUUCUCCCAUCGCCUCCUGGCCCGGUUCCGACCCAAACCUGGACAGCAGCACCAGCAACCUGCCCGAGGUGAAGCACUCGCCCGCCAGCCCCCAGGAGCCUUUCUUCAAACCUUCCUCCCCCGUGGUGCAGAGCCCCAGGCUCCUCACCUCUCCAAAGCAGCUGGACAGCCUCGGCCUCAAGGAAGAGCAAGAAGUUCUGGAGAAGUCGAUGGGAAGCCCGCAGAGCAUGUCCAGCCCUGAGGAAGAGGAGGAGGAAGAAGAAGACAACAACAACGAUUCCCCUUCUUCCAAUUCCUCACGGCCUCUGAAGGUGAGGAUCAAAACCAUCAAGACAUCUUGUGGCAGCAUCACCCGGACGGUGACCAGGGUCUCCUCAGACUCAGAGCCGGGUUCCACCAAGGGCCCCUCCGAGCAGAGCCUGCCCGAGACCUCCCUGGAGGGUGCUGCUUUCUGCACCUCGGCAGAGAAGGACGAGGGGAUGGCGCUGGAGCUGCCCAAGGAGAAAAUGGAGCUCUCCAGCCCCUUGAAGUCCGUCGAGGGCCCCAAAAUUGUCAGCGUUCAGCUGGGCAACGGCACCAAGUUGAAGGGGACCGUCCUGCCCGUCUCCACCAUCCAGAACGCCAGCAGUGCCAUGCUGAUCGCCGCCAGCGUGGCGCAGCAGAAAUCCGUGGUGCUGCCGGCGAAGGCGGGCAAAGCCGUGGCCAAGAACAUCAUCAACCUGGUGCCCCAGACCCUGCCCAAAGCCGACACCAGGACCAACAUCAGCACCGUCACUCAGACCACCACCGUCACCACCACGGCCAACCAGAAGGUCAACGGCACCACGGUUGUCAUGGUGCAGCCCCAGAAACCUUCACCGACCGUCGCCGGCACCGUCAUCUCCAGGAGCCAGUCCAGCCUGGUGGAAGCCUUUAACAAGAUCCUCAACAGCAAGAACCUGCUGCCCACCUACAAACCCAACCUCAACCCCCCAGCUGACGCCAGCCUGGCCCUGCCACCCUUCGGCUACCGCUGCCUGGAGUGUGGGGACUCCUUUGCCCUGGAGAAGAGCCUGGCGCGGCACUACGACCGGCGCAGCAUGCGCAUCGAGGUGACCUGCAACCACUGCACCAAACGCCUCGUCUUCUUCAACAAGUGCAGCCUGCUCCUGCACGCCCGGGAGCACAAGGACAAAGGGCUGGUGAUGCAAUGCUCCCACCUGGUGAUGAGGCCCAUCGCCUUGGAUCAGAUGAUCGGGCAGCCAGACAUCACCCCCUUGGUCUCCGUCGCCUCCAUCCCCACCGGGAAAGUCACCGGCGUGGCUCAGGAUGCCUUGGCCACGGCCAACGGGGCUCAGGACCUCCCAAUCCUGCCCCUCAGCACCACCUCGGAGCAGACCAACUACAGCUGCUUCAGGUGCCUGGAGUGCAAAGAGCAGUGCAAGGACAAAGCCGGGCUGGCAGCACACUUCCAGCAGGCAGUGACCUCGGGGACCACCAGCAGCACGGUUUGCACAACGUGUCCCAUGAUCAUGUCCAACCGCUGCAGCUUCAACGCCCACCAGAGGAUGCACAAAAACCGUCCCCCCCACGUCUGCCCCGAGUGUGGGGGGAAUUUCCUCCUGGCCAACUUCGAGGCCCACCUGAAGGAAUCCUGCCUGCACUUCUCCCGACGCGUGGGCUACAGGUGUCCCAGCUGCGCCGUGGUCUUCGGUGGGGUCAACUCCAUCAAGUCACACAUCCAGACCUCCCACUGCGAGGUGUUCCACAAGUGCCCCAUCUGCCCCAUGGCCUUCAAGUCGGCCCCCAGCGCCCACGCGCACGUCUACACGCAGCACCCCGGCUUCAGCAACCAGCAGUCCAAAAUGAUCUACAAGUGUGCAAUGUGUGACACGGUCUUCACUCACAAGCCCCUGCUCUCCUCCCACUUUGACCAACACCUGCUCAACCAGAGGGUCAGUGUCUUCAAGUGUCCCGACUGCCCGCUGCUCUUCGCCCAGAAGCGCACCAUGCUGGAGCACCUCAAGAACACCCACCAGCCCCAGAAGCCCAAGGAGGACCUGGCAAAGAAGGCGUCUGUCCUGCUGACACCAAAGCAGGAGCCUGUGGAAACCCCCGUGUCCAAGAUCUCAGAGGAGUCUUCAUCCUCCACGGAGGAGGACGAGCCCCCCAGCUCCCCGGAGCUGCGCAAGACCAAGCGGAGCCGCUUCCAGCGCAAGACGGUCAACAAGUCCAAGGGCAGUGGGUGGACCUGUGGGGUUUGCCACUCCUGGUUCCCCGAGCGUGACGAAUACGUCUCCCACAUGAAGAAAGACCACGGCAAGUCAGUGAAGAAGUUCCCGUGUCACCUCUGCGAGCGCUCGUUCUGCUCGGCCCCCAGCCUCCGCAGACACGUCCGGGUGAACCACGAGGGGAUCAAACGGGUCUAUCCCUGCAGGUACUGCACCGAGGGCAAACGGACCUUCAGCAGCAGACUCAUCCUGGAGAAACACAUCCAGGUGCGACACGGGAUCAAGGUGACCGACCAGGCCAAGAGCCAGGAGGUCGUCAUCGCCCGGAUCGGAACCGGAGCUACGCAGGUGUCGGGCAGGAAGCGAAAGCUUUCCUCGGACGAGGGCGAUUCCUGCAGCGAGGAGCCCGACAGCACCACCCCCCCUUCCAAAACCCCCAAGGGCGACCGCAAGGCCCCGUUCCGCUGCCGCAAGUGCGGGUACCUGGCCAGCAGCUCCGCCGAGUUCCAGGAGCACAUCCCCCAGCACCGGACUGACGAGAGCUCCCACCAGUGCCGGGAGUGCGGGCUCUGCUUCACCUCCCAGGUCUCCCUCAACCGUCACCGCUUCAUCACCCACAAGAAAAAGAAAGGGACGGGGGAGGUGGAGGAGCCGGGACCCCGCAGCCCCCUGGAGGGCAGCACCCAGCACCCACCCGACGGAAAACUCUCCUGCAAGGUCUGCGGCCGCUGCUUCGACACCCAGCUCAACCUCAAGACUCAUUUCCGCACCCAUGGCAUGGCCUUCAUCCGAGCCCGGCAGAACGCCAGCCCCGAGAACUAGAGACACCACCCCCCCCCUGCAGAACCAGCACCAGAACCGGCACCAGAACCACCCCCACCCACCCCGAGCUCCCCCUGCCUCCUCUUGGCCUUGGAGAAAGGAGCCGUGAAGAGAGACCAGAGCCCGGCUGGCACCCCCUGGGUGGGUGGGUGGGUGGGGGGCUCCACAACAGCCCCCUCCCCCCUCCUGGGUUGGCAGGUGAAAGGAAUUUUGGAAUUUGCAGGAAUUUUGGAAUUCUGGCCACUAGCUUGUUGAGGAGGAGAAGGGAAGAGCCGGGACCUGCUGCCCCUCUCCUGGGGUGACCAAAUGGUUUGGUGACUGCUGGGGACAGUGUCCUUCCUCCCGUGGGGAUGAGGAGGGGACAGGGACACCCCCACCCUGCAGGGACCAUCCCCUCACAGUGUCACUGCUCUGCUUUUACCCCCUACACCCCCACCCACCCCCCCUCCUCCAGGACCUGGGGGACACCAGAGGACACACACGGUGGCUGUGCUGACACUAAUGUCACAGCAAAACAACAAAUUCCACCUUUUCGUUUGGUUUUGGGUUUUUUGGGUUGUGUUUGGUUUUUUUUCCCCUUUUGAAUGUUGCUGCUUUUGUAUUUCACUGGGAGAAGCUGACCCCCUGCAGCAGCCCAGCCCCCUCCUCACAGAGACCCCCCUCCCCAGCCCUUCCUUGGCUCCAGCCAGACACACCACGUCCCUUGUCACCUUCCCUUGUGCUCACUGGAGGUGACAUCGACCUUUGGACACUCCGUGCCCCAGGACGGGCACACUCGGGGCCUCACCUGGCAGCAGCCCAGGGAAAAGGAGAUUUUUUUUUUUUUUUGGUUUGGCAGCAGAAAAUAAAAGACCUGGGGGUGAGAUCAGCACAAGCCCAGUGGCUCUGUCACCUCCCGUGGCUCUGUCACCCCCCGUGGCUCUUUCACUCCUGGUGUCACCACGAAGCCUUUGCAGGAGCUGAAGCUGCUGCUGGAUCCAGACCAACCCCUGCUGGUGAGUCCUGGGGGGCCCUUCCCAGGGUGCAGCCAUUGAUUGCCACCCCCCCCUUCCCCACGGACACCCCCUCCCCACGGGGGGGAUCAAGGGUUUUGUCACCCCCUCCCCACGGGGGGGAUCAAGGGUUUUGUCACCCCCUCCCCACGGGGGGAUCAAGGGUUUUGUCACCCCCUCCCAGGUUCUGCCCCACAGCCCCGUGGGGUCUCGCUCAUCGCUGGCUCCCUCCCUGCAAACUCCAACUUUAUCUGGGGGGGGGGGAAAGAGGAAAAAAAAAAAUACAGGAAAAAAAAGAGAAAAAAAAAAAAAAAAGAAAAAAAAAAAAGAGCCAGAAAAGAAACUUUCUGCUUGUUCUGUUUGUUUAGCACCUGUGCUUGGGGUAGGGUGUUUGUGUCAGUAAUUAUUCCAGUGACUUCAGCUCCUUGUGAAUAAAUAAAUAACCUCUAACACCCUGUGGAGUUGUAUCAUACACUGAAAGUGACAAAAAAAA